GCCACAGCCCACAGCAAUGCUGGAUCCUUAACCCACUGAUCAAGGCCAGGGAUCAAACCUGAGUCCUCAUGGAUGCUUAGUCGGGUUCUUUAACCACUGAGCCACGACAGGAACUCCUAGGGCUGCUACUUAUAAACUGGAAGGAGACUCUGAGGAUAAGAGUGGAAGAGAAUCAGUGUAAUGGAAGAGAAAGACAUCUCUCAUGGUAGUCAGCUGUCACAGGGCCCACAUGCUAGUGGGCGGCCACCUCAGGGUCAACCCUGCAACCUUCUGUUCCCCAUCCUUACUUUCUGACCUCUGGAGUUUCUUUGGUCUCCUGGCUGGCUUGCCAAUUGUUGGGCUGCACUCAGCACUCCUAAUAGCCUUGCGGUUGCCCAGCCUUGAGACGGAAGAGUCUGGAGACAGCAACAGAGAUGUCAUGGUUUAUGGGACAGGGGAACUUAAGCAAAAGGCCCUGGAGCAACACCCCACCAUUUAUGGCAGGCAGGCAGGCCGUGGUAAGGAGGCCACCAUUUACAGGGGCAACUGACAUCAGGUUGGCUCAUCAGUUACCAUGGAAACCAGCAGCUGAGGCAUGUCCCUCACAGCCCCUCAGAUUAACAGCCAUCACGAGGGCAGGUGUUUGCCUUUAAUAAACUUGCAGGUAGAGCCAUUCUGGCCUAGGGAUUUUUUUGGGGAGGCGGGGGAGCUGUCCCUGCAGCAUGUGGAAGUUCCCCGACCAGGAAUUGAACCUGAACCACAGUAGUGACCCGAUGAGCCACUGUCGUAACUACUGGGUCCUUAACCUGAUGCACCACAAGGGAACUCCUGGCCUAGGGAUUAGAUUAAUCACUAGCUGGGGCAGGAGGCAAACACAUUCAUGUGAAUAGGGUGCAGGUGAAACAAGGACUGGUCGGUCAGGGCAUGUACAAAGAGCAAGAGAGCAGCCAUCUUGAAUGGCCUGAGCGUAAUCCACCUUGGGGCUGGGUAGAGUGCUAGGAAUGACCCUUGAGGGGGUGCUGAGGAUAGAAGAGAGGAAAGUGAAAGGCCCCCUGGGAGUGUUACCUGCAGCCUGGGGUGAGAUGGACUAAGGCUCUGAGUGGCCAGACCUGGCUGGCUGCAGCAUCCUUGCGAAUACUGCUCCCUAUUGCCCCACUCCCUUCAAGCCCAAGUAGCCCGGGGCCCAGAGCCUUCCAGCAGGAGCUCAAAGCGAGGCAGGUGAAGCGCUAUUCUGGUGCAGCCACACUCACUGCUGGCUCUGUGCCUGAGCCUGGCCUGGCUUCUCUCUGUUCUGUACCAGAAGGUGAAGCCAGAGGGUGUGGGGACAUGGGAGGCAGUUGGGGGAAGAGGCAAGAAGGGUCUGGUCUCAUCUCCUCCAUCCUAGUGGGGAAGACUGAGUCCUCCGAAGUUUCAUUCUUAUCCUCCAGGGAAGUAGCGUUUUCAAACCUCAACCCCCCCGUGUGUAUGUUGUUGGGGUGGGGUGGGGAUGGUAAUCCCAGAUCUUGACCUCAUGGUUUAAUGGCACUGAUUACCCCAAUUUUGUUUUCUUUUUAGGCCACCCCACGAUAUAGGGAGUUCCCAGGCCAGGGAUCAGAUCCAAGCCGCAGUCAUGACCUAAGCCACAACUGUGGCAACGCCAGAUCCUUAACCCACCGUGCUAGGCCAGUGAUCGAACCUGCAUCCCAGCACUCCCAAGACACCACCAAUCCCGUUGUACCACAACAGGAACUCCAGAUCUACCCCGAUUUUAAUCCUGGAGUUUUAGAAAGCUAAAUCUGAAUCCCCUCAGGUUACAAAUGCAGAAACUGAGACCCAGGCAAGGACAGUCCCCUCCUCUUCCAGUGUCUCACGGUUAAAUGGGUCCCGAGCCCCUGUAUCCACAUUCUCUGACAUUCUAUCCUCAAGUCCUCAAAGAAUGACAGACGUCAUAACUUGAGCAUCUGCUAAGUGCGGGACUCUGUGCUGAAUGUUGCAGAUGCAAAGGCAACUGCCCUGAAGAGCGUUUGGUCAACAGGUAGAUGGUCACUAGAGGGGAGCAGGCAGGUGCUGGAAGAGGACGGAUUUAUCUCAAGACUGCAAAACUUUGAAGGCACUCGCAUCCUUUUCAUCCUCCAUUGGAAGGGGGACCCUCCCUGCAGAAAUACCCCAAGGGCCAGAAGUGGGUCUGUGAUGAAGAGAUCAAAGGAAGGGGCCAGGGAAGAGGGCUGCCAGUGGGCACACCGCCCCCCCCCAACAACUUCCAGAGGCCCAAACCCAGAAAUCGGGCCUCUGCUGCCAUCUAAUGGAGGAAAGGCGGCCUCUGGAGCUGCCCAGGGGCCCCACCAACCUGGCUCCCCUCCCCCCAGACCUUUUAUUCCCCUGGAGUCUUGAGCUUUGUUUUCUACAGCCUCCAAAGCUCCCUGGCUGCCCUGUUUUCCGGCCACCUCCCUCCAUCCCACCAUCUCCCCAGUUUCCUUUGUUGCCCAGGUUCUGAUUCUGGUACCCCUUGGUUCUUGGCCCCACUAGAGUUCCGGUUCUGGAAGGUCUUUGCCAGGUGCCUCGGGCCCGCUCCCGCCGGGCAUGAGUAUCCUCCAGCGCCUGAGGCAAAUGGACAUCCGCAAAGGUGUAGUGAGCCUGGCCACGGGCGCCGGGGCCAUCUACCUGCUCUACAAGGCCAUCCGGGCCGGCAUGAGGUGUAAACCACCCCUCUGCAGUGCCUCGCCUAUCUGCAUAGCCCGUAAGUGUCCCCACCCUGGGGAGAGGGCUCCUCAGGGGGUACCUACUCCCCAAGCCUCCGGUGUAGGAGGGCCCAAAGGCCUGGCAAUCGAGCGAGAGCGGCACGGGCGGGACUCAGGUGAGCUCCGGAGGCUCCUCACCUCUUUGGAGUGCAAACAGGAUGAGUACGCCAAGAGCAUGAUCCUGCACAGUAUCACGCGCUGUGUGUACUUGCUGGAGUCCGAGGCCUCAGCCUGUACUAAUGAGGACAUUGCAUUGGUGGGCUCCAUGCUGGAUGACAAGGACAACAGUGUCAAAAUCCAAGCUCUGAACACGCUUAAAGCUUUCUCUGGCAUCAGAAAAUUCAGGCUCAAAAUCCAGGAACACUCCAUCAAGGUGCUGGAACUGAUCUCCACCAUCUGGGACUCGGAGCUGCACAUCUCCGGCCUCAGACUCCUCAACAACCUCCCACUGCCUGACUUCGUGCAUCCACAGCUGCGACGUGUGAUGCCCGCCUUGAUGGAGAUCCUGCAGUCGGACUAUAUCCUGGCACAGGUGCAAGCCGUACGAUUGCUGAGCAACCUGGCACAGAAGAAUGACCUUCUCUAUGAUAUUCUCAACUGCCAGGUGCACUCCAACUUCCUGAACCUGUUCCAGUCCACCCAGCCUGGGAGUCUUCUGUUCGAGGUGUUGGUGUUUGCAGAGCGGCUGAGUGAGGGCCGGAGUUCACCCCACUACCGCGCCGUGAAGUGGCAUUACAACCAGCAGUCUCUGCAUGAAGCUCUCUUUGGGGAUGAUUCGCGACUGGCAGACCGGCUGCUCGCCCUGGUCAUCCACCCUGAGGAGGACGUGCAGAUCCAGGCCUGCAAGGUCAUAGUCAGCCUGCAGUGCCCCCAGGAUGUGGGGGUCCGGCCCUCCUGCCCGCCCAGUCAUUCCUGCUUUAAUCCCGGGGAAUAAAGUCAUGAGAGCCCA